AUGCAGGUCCUAACUAACAAGGCCAGUAUCACCGCGACUAUUAUGCUUACCAGGCCCAAAAAGGUGCUUCAUUUAAAAAGUGCUACUCCAGACUUCAACCCACCGACACCAUCGUACGAGCCGGCUGUCGACACUCGACCUCGAAACCGCGGCACCCAGAGCGUAUACAGAGAAUCCUCAGCCCAAACAGUGCCUUGGCAAGCCGAAGCACGGGUGGCUGAAGGGUGCAAGGAAACUCCAGAAGUUUUGUACCUUGAAAAACUGGAAUGGGGUCCAGGAUGUCCAUAUCGGAAAGGUGAUCUACCUGCUGACUUUCACACUACCGAAAUUAUAAACAAGAUGCGACAUGCACGUAAGUGGAUGGAGCUGGUGGAGAGUGGGGAAUUCCCGAACUGGAUGAAGAAACGGGACGAGAUAAUAAGAGACGUGGAGACGAAGGACUGGAUUUUCAGGGAAGCGGAAAUAGAUGAGCUCCAAGACAUACGCCUUAUGCUGCUUCAUCGUCUUCAAUCCGAGAACUGGCAGCAAAGGACGGGUCGUGUAAGCUCGAAGCUCGCCAAGCUCUGGGCUAACAAGAAACAGGAGAUGGAGAGGAAAAUUGAGAAUAUACGUCGUGCUAGGGACAGAGAAUUGCGGAAAUUAUCCGCACAGCACAACAGAGGAGGCCGGGCUAGUCUGGUCCAGGAGAUGAGAGCCUGCCGUGGCGGUGGAUCGCCAACAGUCGCCGCUUGCGACCCCGCUUCACACCUCCACGCCCCGCUGGCUAGGAAUGGGUACCAGGCGCGCAGGAGACACGCAGUGAUUACUUACGAUCCUUCAUUGUUGGUUCUAGAAGACCAUAUUAAAGCUGCCGAGCCCCCGGAGUGGCUGGAACGUUGCGGCCAGGACUUAAAACGCACCUGUUCCGGACACCACCUCCCACCCAACACCACGCAACUUUGCGAACGCGAAACCAAGUGGAGCGAGCAGUUUUUGGAGAAUUUGCACAACGAUUUAAAAAAAGCUCGUCUAGGUGCCUCAGCCACGUCGGCGGGGCCGCUUCGAGUAUUGAAGCCGCGUCGGCUAGCCGAAACCCCGCGGCCACCAACUCCAGAAGUCGAGGCCGUGGAUGACGAACUCGAGACCAACCACCAGGCGGCGCUCCUUCUCCAGAAAGUUAUAAGAGGUCGUGCUGUACAGAAUUUGAUGUUCGAAGGACGAACGCGUACCGCUGAGCUGACAGAAGAGUUGAAAUCAACUCAUGGUUUGCAGAUGGAAGAUAAGAUACGUAUCGCCAAGGAAGAGGCGAAGGCCAGAGAGCACAACGCUGUGCGCACGGAAGCCGAACAAAAAGAGGAUGCAAUCAACGCGCUAGUGGACGAGCUGUGCGGUGGAGCCGUCUCCGCGGCACUGAACUUCCUCGAGAAGGAACUGCGAAGAUUGAAAGACGAGAGGAAGCAGCACGCUUUCAUACUUAUUGCCUUGCGAGAGAAGACGAUGCGGGAAGCGGCCGAGGCUGGUAGACGCCAGAAAGAAGAGCACAGGCGUAGAGAGCACGACGAGAUGUUCAAACGGGUUCUCGGUGUGACCCAAGAAACGGUUGACGCGUACCUGCGGGACAUAAUCCAGGAGGGGGUGGAACUUGCUGCUGAAGAAGAUGCGGUGAAAAUGGCGCAAGCCAAGGCAGACAGGAUCGAUGAGGCGAUGAGGGACAACGGGUCUAUGUCAACGGCAGAACAACAUGAACUGGUUGCAGAGCUGGUGCAACAGUUCUUGUUACCGGAGGCUCACAAAGCGGCCUCGAGGCAUCGCAUCGCAACGUUACAAGAGGCCAAAAUGGACGUCGCGAGGCAGACUAUAUUCGGAUUUGUAGAUAAUGCAGAAAUCAAAAAAGAAGUGUGCAUACAGUGUGGAUCUCUACUGGAUGAUCAGUGCCGCUGUCGCUCCUGUCGUAUCGAGAUGAAGCCCGAGGAAACUGUUUCUAGGGACGAUCCCCGCUGGAGACACACCAGGCGUCUUCCUGAAAAAGCAAAGAAGUUGAACGACGAGCGAUUCCCUCUUCGACAUGAAAUCCGCUGCUCGCUCAAUGAUCUGGUGCAUGAAGCUGUACAAGAGUCAAGGAGACGGUUUAAAGACAGACUGACACUUAAACACGAAUGCAACCAACAGCUCCGCGAACGUUGUGAAGUGACCAUCGACGCGAGGCAGACCAUCGACGAAAUGAUCAACCGUGCCAUGGGAACACCACCACCAGAAGCUGUUAAGCGCGAGUAUCACUACUACAUGACGCGGAGGAUCUCCGACGCGCUUCAACGUACCGAGGAAUCGAGCCGUUAUUGUCCCAAAGAGCUGCCUUCAGAGAUCAGACGCCGCGAAAAUAAGCUUCUAGAAGAUGCAGCGUGCAAAUGUGAUGACGAAGCCACCACUGGUGCGAUGCAGCUCGUUCCUGAUGUAAAAACAAAGGAGAGAUCACUUCUGCCUUCCCAACUUAGAAUUCUUGAAGAGAUGAAACGUUGUAAAUGUGACUCUACUCCAGCGUCGGUUCCACCUACUGAUGAUACCUCAAAGUAUGAGGAUGUCAGUCCCGACAGUGACCAAAACGUUUUUGAUGAAGAUGAUAAGCGGUAG